UCCCAUUGGUCGACGAUGCACAUGCGCGCAUUCGUGUUGUUGUCAGUGGCGGCAAGAUGGCGACUCUCGGAGACGCAUCAGCCCCGGGGGUUAAUGGGUUAAUACAACAGUUCACAGCCAUAACUGGAGCCACAGAGAGUGUAGGGAAGCAUAUGUUGGAAGCAUGUAACAACAACCUAGAGAUGGCAGUAACCAUGUUCCUAGACGGAGGGGGGAUUGCAGAGGAACCCAGCACAAGUGCCAGUUCAGCCGGAGCCUCGAGCAGCAGACACCCCCCUGUAGAACCAGAAGAUGAUGUGCGAGCGCCCAUUCCUCAGAAGCAAGACAUUCUGGUGGAACCAGAGCCCUUGUUUGGAGUACCAAAGAGGCGUAGACCAGCGCGAUCAAUCUUUGAUGGAUUUCGGGAUUUCCAGACUGAAACCAUCCGUCAAGAGCAAGAGUUGAGAAACGGGAGUGCGAUGGACAAGAAACUGAGCACUCUAGCUGAUUUGUUCCGCCCUCCUAUUGAACUCAUGCACAAAGGCAGCUUUGAGACGGCAAAAGACUCUGGUCAGCUUGAGAACAAAUGGCUGAUGAUCAACAUUCAGAAUGUCCAGGAUUUUGCCUGCCAGUGUCUAAACCGAGAUGUGUGGAGCAAUGAUGCAGUGAAAACCAUCAUCAGAGAACAUUUCAUAUUCUGGCAGGUGUACCAUGACAGUGAGGAAGGGCAAAGGUACAUUCAGUUUUACAAGCUUAACAAGUUCCCCUAUAUUUCUAUUUUGGACCCCCGUACAGGACAAAAGAUGGUUGAGUGGAACCAGUUAGAUGUGUCCUCAUUCCUGGAUCAGGUCACGAGCUUCCUAUCAGAGCACGGGCAGCUGGAUGGGCAGUCCAGUCAACCUCCUGCCAAACGUGCUCGUUCUGAGAGUUUGAUAGAUGCCAGUGAAGACAGCCAGUUAGAGGCAGCUAUCCGGGCCUCACUUCAAGAAACACACUACGAGUCUACCCUGGACAAGGCAGAGUCACGAUCAGAUGAUGAUUCAGAAGCAGAGCCAUUCUCUGACAGUGAAGGCCUGAUUUCAGUGGACGGCUCUGAUAACGAGGCUGGCGGAGGGGAGGAUUCAUUGGAUGGACAUGUUUCCACAGAGUUAGCUCCUACCACUACCCAACUCACUAGACCAGAUAGCCCUGUCCAUCACAGGAAGGAUCCACACAAAGAGCUGUGCCACAGAAAAGAGGAGAGUAAGAAGAACCAUCUAGAGCCGGCAGGUAAUAAUCACAGUCUGACAGGGCAAACGCAGUCCCAGCAGCGGCUUGGAGAGAACCACAAAUCCACAUCACAUCAGCCCUUAGAACCUGCCAGCACCAGCACAGCAGAACCAGACGACAACGGUCCAAAGGCCCGCUUAAUGCUGCGAUACCCAGAUGGCCAGAGGGAACAGAUAGCAUUGUCUGCUAAUGCUAAGCUUAUGGCACUGGUGAGACACGUUCAGUCGAAGGGGUUCCCCAAUGAACGCUUUGAACUUGUCACCAACUUCCCCCGCCGAAGACUCGCUCACUUGGACUAUGACAUCACACUGCAAGAAGCAGGACUGUGUCCGCAGGAGACUGUGUUUGUGCAGGAGAGGAAUUAGCCCCUCCCUUUGAUAAGACACACCCCCUCAUGCCCUAUCAUUUGUGCCCUAGAAAGACUGAAUUGACUGUGCCCUAUUACCACUUGUCCUUUUUUUAAUAAGUCCUGAUUAUACUGAACAGUUCAGAGUUCAUAGGACUGCCCCCCCUAAGUUGCAUUUUUCUACGUAUUUAUUUACAAACAACUCGGCACAUCCCAUCCUGUCUGGGUCUAAUUCUUCACUUCAUGGUUGCCCAUGUACGUUAAGUCACACUCAUAUUGAAAGUGCUAACAUGUACAGAAGAUAUGGAAGAGAAAUCCCCCCAAAGCUUCUGAUGGUUUUAUAGAUGGCCUUGAUCUGCAGAAAGCAUUUCCAACUGUUUAUAGUUUAUAUGCAAAGUUUCUAAGGAUUGAACAUUGAACCUUUAGUUGCUGCACUUCCUGACAAAAGCAUCAGGUAAGCAGAGGGGUUCUACUGAACAAGGGCUCAGGUGAUGAAUCGGGGUGGAUGUUUAUUAUUUAGAGGUAAACCCUCAAAUAUCUCAUCUGCAAUGUGCAAGGAUGGAGUAGUGGCAUUUAGCUGUAGUAAGUUUCUGUCUCCUUUUUUAUAUACUGCAUCAUUUCCACACACAAAAAAAAAAACUGAUUCCAAAUAUAAUCAUUGAAACUAAAGGGACAGCUGGCACAUUUGAGUAUUUCUUCAGCAAUUUCUUAUAUUUUUCCUGUUUUGUGAGAUGGUGCUUAUCAAAAGCCACAUGGUUUUAAGCAGAAUGGGUGCAUAAAAGUAAUACAAUUAAAAUGUUCUUAUCAUUUACUCACUCUUAUGCCAUCAAGGACGUGUAUGACUUUCUUCUGCUGAACACAAUCAAAGAUUAUUGGAAUAAUAUUUCAGCUCUGUAGGUCCAAACAAUGCAAGUGAAUGGUGAUCAGAGCUUUGAAGCUCCAAAAAGCACGUAAAGUCAGCAUAAAAGUUAUCCAUAUGACCCAAGUGGUAAAUCUAUAUCUUCAGAAGUGAUAUGAUAGGUGUGGGUCAGAAACAGAUAUAUAUUAAAGUCCUUUUUUAUUAUAAAUUCUCCUCCCUGCCCAGUAGGUGGCGAUAUGCACAAAGAAUGUGAGUCGCCAAAAACAAAAGAAAGUGAAAGUAGAUAUUUUUAUCUGUUUCUCACCGACACCGAUAAUAAUGCUUUAGAAAACAUGGCUUAAACCACUGGAGUGUAUGGAUUGUUUUUAAGCUGCCUUUAUGUGCGUUUUGGAGCUUCAAAGUUCUGGCCCCCAUUCACUUGCAUUGAAUGAAUCAACAGAGCGGAGAUAUUCUUCUAAAAAUCUUUGUGAUCAGCAGAAGAAAGAAAGUUACACACAUCUGUGAUGGCAUGAUGGUGAGUAAAUGAUGAGAGAAUUUUCAUUUUUAGGUGAACUCUCCCUUUAAAUCCUAUCUAGUAUGACUCUUGAACCAAAGUGGAAGGAUCUUUUACAUGGAAUUUAGGUUUUCAUACAGAAUCAUAAUUGGUUUAAAGUGACACUGAUUCUUUGUUUAAUUGUUUUGCUAGGUAAAAAGUACAGGCCGAGCACUUUCUUCCAAGAUAUACAAAAUGUUGUGAUACUGAUUUUGGAGUACUGCUUGCUGGAAUCAAACCUUGAUAAUGUUCCAAAGCCCAUCAGAUACAAAAGUUGUCCAUUUUUACAAAGUUUUAAAAAUUGAGCCUUCCUCAGAGUUUGCUUCAGGCAAGGAUGUCCAAGCUAAACCGAAGAAUAAGGUAAAGCCAAAUAAUGUCCAAGAUAAGCUAACUGAAAUAAACGCUUUUUGAACAUUUUA